AUGCCCGCCAAUACUCCGGAGAGAUCGUCGCCCUCUUCCGUCGCUGCUUCUCCCUCGAGCGGCACCGCAACACCCGGUAAACUUCUCCGGUCCUUCUCCGAGAGCAGAAAGUCCUCCAAACCCAUCAUGGAGAAGAGGAGACGCGCACGCAUCAACGAGAGCCUGGGCCACCUGAAGACGCUCAUCCUGGACGCGCUCAAGAAAGACAGCUCGAGGCACUCCAAGCUGGAGAAGGCGGACAUCCUGGAGAUGACCGUGAAGCACCUCCGAGGCCUCCAGCGCCUCCAGAUCACAGCGGCUGUGAACGCGGACUCGUCCUCCCUGGGGAAGUACCGGGCCGGCUUCAGCGAGUGCGUGGGGGAGGUCACGCGCUUCCUGUCUACCUGCGAGGGAGUGAGCGCGGAUGUGCGCACGCACCUCCUCGGCCACCUGGCCGCCUGCGUGUCGCAGAUCAACGCCGUGAACUUCCCCGCUCAGCGCGGCGGCCAGGGCGCCGUCUACCCGCCGCACCCCGCGUCAGCACUCGGCCUCCUCGGACAGACUGUGCUGCAGCUACCAGGGACCACGGUACCACAGCAGAUGAAUGGGAUUCCGUGUAAAAGUGUGUCUGCGAUGAACUUAAGUUGCGCCGAUGCGGUGAAGCUGUGCGGAGGAUUUCAGGUCGUGCCUGCGGCGGACGGCCAGUUCGCGUUUCUCAUCUCCAACGCGGCCCUCGCGCCGUUGAGCGCGCCAAACUGCCGACCCGCCCAUGCGGCGGCGACGUCACAUGUUGAGCAUCAUCCUGGGACGGCAGACUCUGUGUGGAGGCCUUGGUGAAAGACAGACGACUUUAAUAUUUUUGGAAGGACAAUUACGAAGAGACCUUUUGUAAGUUUUGUAAAUGAAUUUGUAAAUGAUUUUUCAGAUGUUUAUACACAUUAUGUUGUCACACAUUCAUGUUCUAAAUCUUUGCAUUGAGAGCCAGCCAUUCUUGUACUGUUUCCACAAUAGCUCUUUAAAAUGCUCUCUGAUAUUUUCACUCUUAAGAAAUGAAA